UAUCCCAGACUUCUUUUGCUCUGUAGCAGUCCAUUAAAAGAUGCUGUUGAGUCUCAUCAUUGUUGCAGUGAAUCAUUGGGCAUUUUUGUUGUUGUUACAUAGCAACUCCAAGACACAACAGCUCUAACAGGAAGUCUGUUUAAGGACAUCAGCCAUCUCACAUCGCAAAUGCUCUCUGAGAGGUGCAUGAGGCCUUCAGGUGCUGCUAGUAGAACCCAUGGAGCCAGACAUCAUACCCUUGCACCCCUCCUCCCCCCCUCCACUGGAUGAUGAUGGCGAUGGGGAGGCGGGGUCAGAGGAGGACGAAUUUGGGGAUUUUGGGGGGUUCUCUGUCGAGGUGUCCUGCUCGCCUCUUGGCUUUAUUGAUUCUACAGAUUCACCAUCCAGCCUCAGACAGCUACCUUCUACCACCACAAAGCCAGCCACACAUCAACCCAACUGUAGCUUGAAUAACCCAGUUGAACAGUCCCAACCCACAUCCACUGUGGACUCGGGGUCCGGCAGGGGCAACAUAUACAUGGAAGGUCAGGAUUGUAAAGCAGAAUCAAGUGUGCACCUCACAAAUGGUUACUCUGAAAGAGACCACAACUCUGGGACCCACAUAGCCUCUGCAGUGGGUGCAUGGUCUCCCGUGGAAGAAACAGGGUUUGCUGAUUUUACUGUGUUUACAGAGCAGGCAGCACAUCCCUGGUGCUGUGGCUUCUCUCCCAUAGGCAGCAAAGAGCAAUGGGAUAGCAGAGGGGAUGAGACAAACUCUUCCAACAGCUUGGGUGAACAAAUCUGUUAUCCAGGACAGGAGGUUGUUAUGGACUCUGCGCCCAGAUCCCAAUGUGCAUGCGAGGCAAAAGACAACAUUUGCACUAAGGUCAAGCACUGUGAGAAAAGAGAUGCAGCACUCGUGCAACCAUCUCAGGACCACCAUCAGCCUCCGGAAGCUGCAGCAGCAGCUUUGGAUUUUCCACCCGAAGAACCUCAUUAUGGGGAGGAGGACUUAGGCAAAGCUGGAGACAGCCAGAGGGAAAAGAGGCAUAGUUAUAAUUCUUUACAAACCACAGAGGUGCCAGAGGAUGGAGUGUCAGACGAAGACGGAGAAGAUCGGGCAAAGAGCACUUCUACUGUCCCCCAAACAUUUAGUGUGUAUGAGUCUGCUUCAGAGGACCUGGCGUCCUUCUCUGAUGAUAUGUCAUUUGAGGAUCCUUCUGCGGACUUGGAACCAAAUGUUUCAUCUCUUGUUUCACCGGAGGGUCAGACUGACUGGGACCAGACUGAUGAUGAUGAUGAGGAAGAAGAACUGGGAAAUUACAGGCAUUCUGACUGCUUUUUCAACAACAGCAUGGCAAAUCUCAGACAGUCUAAGGCAGAGGAGGGUUUUCAUUAUUGCAACCCAUCUGCGACUCAGGAAACUUCUGCUACCUCCAUCCAGUCACAACCUGGAACGCAUACAGAAGACGAAUUUGCAGACUUUGAAGACUGUAGUUUUGAGCAUCACAGGGACCAAGGGCGUGUACAAACUGCAGAUGCAGAGGUGCAGAGUCUAGGAAAGCUCCCACCGAGUGACAGCUUUGCUGAUUUCUGCUCAGCGCCCACACUGGAGGAUGGAGAGGGGUCGUGGGCGGAGUUCAAGGACCAGAGGGCUCAGGAGGAGGGAAAAACUUGGACGCAGUUCAGAGAGCCAGUCAUCAGCCUGCAGACUGAUGGGAACACUGAGGAGGAGCAGGACAGGGCAGGGCAAUAUGGGGUUUCCAGGAGGAACAGCUGUCAGGUGUCUCUGUCCUGCUGUGUCCAGCAGCUUCUCCUGGCCAGUUUUCCAGAGGUAGAGGUCCCAGCGGUGGAAGGUGGGGAGGAGGUGCUCAGCCUCGGUGCUCUGCUUCACGCCCGACACCUCCCUGAGAGUGAGGAGGAGGAGAUACCCGAACUCUGUCCCAGAUCUCAGUGGAUUCGGCGGAGGGUGUGGUGGCCACAGCAAGACCUCCACGAUGCAGUUGGCCUCCAAUUUCAGUGGGGAGGUUCCCACACAAAUAGGACUCUGCUCAGGUGCCUUGGUGUGGAGACGAGGAACAUUGUGUUCAUUGGCAUGAAGAAGCAGCCAGUGGCUGUGCCUGCUUUUGCAUCCAGCCUGGGAAUGCUAGAGCCCACCAAAGACUCUGUGCCAGCUGUCUGUUCUCCAGGACACACAGCAGUCACAACACUAGCACCUCCAGGGCAUCGGGACACACCGGACCCCUCAACAGAUUCAAUGCCGGAGGCGCUCCCUUCCAGCCAUCUGGACUGGAGCAGCCGUGGCCUUAGCAGCUCUCAGGACGACUGCUCUGCUCUCAACCUGGAUUAUUUUGGUCCUGAGGAGGAGCGCAGAUCCUACUGCAGCAGCAGCAGCAGCCGUAGCAACAGUCCUCCUACAGGAGUUGACCGUGAGCUGUACGAGUUGACCAUCAGCAAACUGGAAACCGGCGCUAGAAGUAGCCACAUGGAAGACACCUUGAAUCGCCUCAUGUCCACUGCAGAGAAAACCAGCACUUCAGUCCGGAAACCUCAGCAGAAUGAGGAGCUGAGUGCGGAGGCUGGCAGGCUGAUCUCUGGACUGCCUAACCUGUCCUUCAUGCAGGCCAAGGUCCUCAUGUUCCCAAGCAUCCUCCUACCUGUUCCUGGUCAAAUUUGACCUGUAUAUAUUGAAAUGGAUUUUCAAUCCACCAGUGUACAGUAGGUGACAUUAAGGGAAAUUGCGGUUUUAAGGAAUCUUGAAUGUUACUAAAUAACCCAGAUUAAGAUAAAAACCCAUCCAUUCCCAGCCAACCAACAGAGCUCAAAAGAGGAGUUGGGGUUGGGUGGGGGGAGGGGUGUCAUAAGACUAUAAAGCUGCCAUUUCAGUGACUGAGGUUAUAGCCAGUGGUGAAAGAAGUAUUCAGAUCUAGGGCUGCACGGUAUGAGGAAAAUAUCUAAUUGCGAUUAUUUUUGACUGAUGUUGCGAUUGCGAUAUGAUUCACGAUAUUGAAGGGAAUGAUCAUGUUUGUAUUGGCUGUAGAUAAGCCAAUAAGUAAAUUACAAGUACCUCAAAUUUGUACUUAAGUACAAUACUUGAGUAAAUUUACUCAGUUACAUUCCACCACUGGUUAUGGCAGUGAGACUGUCCAAAAGGUCAUUGAUCUGGUCUUCCGAGAUGAGCAAGCAGACAGUGAUUUGGGUUAACCCUAACCCAGUGAGGAGGACAGCGUUUGACGCUUGUUAAGGUUAUAAAUAAUGAUAUAACAAUCCCCAGAAUGCUCUUGCCAUUUUCACUUUCAAUAAAAUAUUAUCUAAAUCAUUAAGGCUCUUAUGUUUUCAUGUCUAAGGUAAAAUAUGACAUGAUAUUGUGUGAUUGUAGAUGUUUUUUCUCCAUAAACGAGUGGUGUUGAACCUAAAAGAUACACUCUCCCCGCUCUCUGAAACAUUAAUUAAGGAUUAAGCACCUGUGGUUCAAAAUUUGGUAUAGACACUUAUGAGUGUUCUUGGGCCUAUCAUGCAGGUAUACAAUAGGAACAGUAUGUAAGCGUUAACACACUAUUUUAUUUUGACUCAAUCAAUACAUAGCUUUUGUUGUAUGUAAUUUAUUACUGUGUUUUUGGUGUGUCACUGUACUGUCUUGUUGGCUAUGUGAUGUUUUAAGUUGAUUAUGAAGGGCUUAUAAAGAAACAAGAGGCAUUGUGGACUCUAACAGUGAGUUCAUCGUUGUGCUUGCUUGGCUAUCUUCAGUCUUUAGCCUAAAAAUUCAGCUCCGUCAGUCGAGAGGCAGAAUCCCCCCACAUGUAUCAGCUCAUGCAUUCAU